AUGGAUGUCAGAAAGCAAGAGGGCUUUCAAUUGAACACUAUUAGUGGUGAAAGUUGUCCCAAGUUUAACGUCAAAUCGACUCUUGUUCCAUGUACAGGAACAGAUUACGUCUUCCUCUUCGGAGGUUUUGAUGAUAAUGAUAAUUUGGAUAGUACGAUUUAUCUUUUAAAUACUAAGACCAAGACCUGGGAGAUCGAUGACAAACAUAAUGGUGUUUAUCGUGAAGGCCAUCUGGCUAUUUAUAUAGGACAAGGAAAUAUUCUUGUGUUUGGUGGAAUCCCAUUCGAUGAAUUUCCAGAUCCUAGUAAUAUUGGUUACGAUCAGAAUAAAACUUUGUUCAAGAAGGAUAGUCUUAUGUUGAUUUAUAAUAUUUUCGAUCGUAAAUGGAUAUCAGCACCAAAAUUUGCAUUAAGUAGUGCCCCUUCUCCUAGAUCCCGGCAUGCCUGUUGUGCUUCCCAAGAUGGAACUAGAAUCUAUAUAAGUGGAGGUUUAGUUAACUCGACUCCUUUAAGUGAUUUGUACUGUUAUGACUUGGUUUCUGGCAUUUGGCAUGGUCCUAUUGAUUUCGCAGCAAGAUUCGACCACUUUAUCACCAUUCACGAUGGUAAAUUAUUCUCAUUUGGAGGUUUGGAUCAUGAAAUGAAUCAUGUCACCAGCUCAAUAGUUUACUUCAAUUUCAGUGAUCAGAGCAUUGGUGAAAUUUCUUUGUUACUGCAUCCAAAUUACAGCUUGGGGUUUGUCGACUCCGAUGACGAAGACGAUGACAAUUUAAAAGUCUACGAUAGAAGCUCUAAUAAUUUCAUCCCAGCAAAUUCGGAGAGAAUAUAUUUAAAUUCUGAAAUUAAUCCUUUCUUAAAAUUAGAAAUAAGUUUACCUCUGUGGGGAUUCGAAAAUAACAACCAUGGCAUUACAAUUGCAUAUCAUGAUUUGAGUGAAUUCCAGUAUAUGCCCUUGGUCAAUCUGAAAAAUAUUAAUUCAAACUUAAAAGUUAAGACAGACCAAAACGUCUAUGAUUUUGCUUGGAAGCAUGCAUUCAUUUCACACGAUGGUCGCUUAUUUAUUCUUGGUUAUGAAAAACUCGACGUUAAUUCAAAUUCAGAUAGUAUACGCUCAACCUCAGAGAAUUAUCUAACAAAAUUAAUUGAGAUUGAAUUAUUUAGUUUAGGCAUCCCAACAGGUUUGGAGCUUAAAUCAGAUAAAAAAUCACAAUUCGGUAGCUUGAACUUGGUUAAUGACUUUAAAAAAUUUUUGAUUAAAGAAGAGUUCACCGAUUUUGAAAUAUAUACAUUGAAAGAUGAAUCCGUAAAAAAUGAUUAUAACAAUUAUGACGAAAUAUCUGACAGAAUUGACAGAAUCAUGCAAACUAAUAUCAAUGAGGGUAAGGACCUAAUAUCCGUAGUGAAAGUACACAAAUCAAUGUUGUUGGCAAGAUGGCCUCAUUUCCAAAGACUUAUAAGCAGUGGAAUGAACGAAACCUUAACUAAUAGAAUGUUCAUUCCAGAACCUUUUAUUACGGUAAAGGCUUUGGUAUUUUACCUAUAUACUGGAUCCCUUGAGUUUGAUCAAUAUAUUCCUGCUAAUAUCUUCAAUAUUGUUGAUUAUUCGGGUUUACUCAUCUUAUCAAACUUGUAUGAAUUACCUGAUUUGAGAGCUCAGACCCUAUUUCAGUUGUUCAAACUACUUUCUCUUUUUAUUGUAAACUUGGAUACUGACACUGACCCGGAACCAAGAAUAGGCCUAUUUCUAAAAGUUUGGGCAAAUGCUGUAAUUUCCAAUGAGAGUGUGUUUGUUUCAAAAGUCUUAGAGAUCAUUAAAUCAAACUGGUCAAUCAUUACCAGAUCUCUUUCAUUCUCUCAAUUACCAAAAGAAUUGAUAAUUAGAUUAUGUCAAGAUUGUUCUGUGGACUCACAAAUUUUCAAAAGACGAAGCCCAACCCCCAUGAGAAACUCUUUUGAAUCCCUUCUUUCAUCUCCUCAUACCCCCUCUAACGGUAGUGCUGGAAUAAGAGCGACUCACUCGAACUCUCCAUUCUUAAGAGUUAUUAACGAUGGUUCACCUUCAAUACAAGACAGAGAAAAUACAGAUAUAUCUCAUUUUCCUACUUUACAAAUGCUUUCUAAUGAUUUGGCUGAUAGCAUAGGGGAAGAUUGA